UCUGGGUCGGCGCAGGCUAAGGUGGUUUUCGUGAAUUAUGGGCGGGAAGAGGACUACCGUACGUUACGCAUGAUGGGAGUGAACGUUAGUGGGUGCGUUGUUUUAGCGAGAAAAAGCGGCUUGUUGAGAAGAGGUGGGGUUGUCGAAACAGCGGAGGUUAAAGGUGCGCUUGGGGUGCUAUUGUACGCCGAAGGGGACAAAACAGUGGGUGGCGUGGAGAGGGGGACCGUGAUGAGAGGGAUCGGGGACCCGCUUAGCCCGGGCUGGCCCGGGGUUGAAGGAGGGGAAGCUCUCGGUUUCGAUGACAGCAAAGUUUCAAGGCGGUUUCCUAAAAUUCCAUCUAUGCCCUUGUCUUUGAAGAACGCUGAGAUCAUUUUGGGGUCAUUAGGAGGUCAAAUGGCGCCGCAGGAAUGGAUAGAUUCGGGUCGGGAGGUGUGGCGGGUCGGUCCAGGACCUACUAUGGUGAACUUAACAUACCAGGGCGACAAGAAAGUGGUCACUAUCCAUAAUGUUUUUGCUGUCAUUAAGGGGACGGAAGAGCCUGACAGAUAUGUGCUUCUUGGCAAUCAUAGAGAUGCAUGGACGUAUGGAGCUGUUGACCCCAAUAGUGGGACCGCUGCCUUACUUGAUAUUGCCAGGCGAUAUGGCUUUUUGAUGCGGAUGGGGUGGAACCCUCGAAGAACAAUUAUCCUCUGCAGUUGGGAUGCUGAAGAAUUUGGGAUGAUAGGCUCCACUGAAUGGGUUGAACAGAACCUUGUGAAUCUGGGUGCAAAAGCUGUGGCCUAUCUCAAUGUAGAUUGUGCAGUUCAAGGCCCUGGAUUCUUUGCAGGAGCAACUCCGCAGCUAGAUACUCUCCUUGUUGAUGUUGCAAAGAUGGUUCAGGAUCCUGACUCAGAGGGUUCAACAAUAUAUGAAGCCUGGAAAGCUACAAAUGGAGGCAUCAAUAUUCAGAGACUUAGUGGACUGGAUUCUGAUUUUGCUCCAUUUGUACACCAUGCUGGGGUUCCAUCCAUUGAUAUCUACUAUGGAGAAGAUUUUCCUGUCUAUCACACUGCAUUUGAUUCCUUUGAGUGGAUGAUAAACUACGCAGAUCCAUCGUUUCAGCGUCAUGUUGCUGUUGCUGGAAUUUGGGGUCUUCUAGCCCUUCAUCUAGCUGAUGAUUCAAUUCUUCCUUUCAAUUACAUCUCUUAUGCGGAUCAGCUACAGAGCCAUAAGGAUGCCUUGUGCAGCUUGCUGGAUGGGAAUGUCUCUCUAGAUCCCUUAGCUGCAGCUAUCCAAGAACUGUUAUUUGCGGCUAAAAAAGCUGACAACGAAGCAAAGGGAUUGAGAGAGCAAGCACGAAAAGACAAUUUUGCAGCUUUGAAGAUCCGAAUGCUGAAUGACAGGUUGAUGUUUGCAGAAAGAGGCUUCUUGGAUUCUGAUGGUCUCCAGGGAAGACAGUGGUUCAAGCAUCUUGUUUAUGGUCCUGCUGGUGAACAAACGAGCAAAUUGGAAUUCUUCCCUGGAAUAGCGGAUGCUAUUUCGAAAUCCUUGCGAAUGAAUAAAAAAGAUGGAGAGGCAGCAAUUCAACAUGAGAUCUGGAGGGUGGCUAGAGCUAUUCAGAGAUGUGCUGCAGCUAUAAAAGGGGAACUCACCUGAAUAAUGAUGAAUUGACUGUGAAAUCUCCAUGUAAUUAGUUCAGUACAAGGGAAUAUGUAUAUAUGCUUUCUGUCCGAGAGGGAAAGAGAAGUACAGCCUUGACUUUGUAUAUAUAAUAUUUCAAGCUCUUUCCUUUUCCUUUUUCUUUGAUUUUUCUUUUGUCUUUCUGUUGCUCUCCUUGUGUCAUGUUCAUGAUGUAAUUUGCUGCUAAACUUCAUGUUCAAAUUUCGAGAGAAAAGAAAAGGGGUGAUGCCAUUUAAUUUCCAAAA